CACCGCGGUCACACCGAGAAGCGAUAAUAAUUUUUGGCCGAUAUUGGAUAAUAUAAAUAAAGCGCAGCGCCAAGGAAACCCCGAUCGAGACUAGCAGCUGGACAGGAAGUGAGCCAGCCGGAGCAGCGCAACCGCCGCCCACACACACACACAGGAACACUCGCCAUGUCCACACAAACGCAGAUGAGGCCCCUCCUGCGGCUAUUCGCAGAGCCUUUCCUGCUCAUCCUGAUCUUCCUGCUCACCCUGGGCGCCCACGGCGAAAAGGUGCUGCAGCUGCAGGAGGGCUUCCUGGGGCGCCAGGAGCCGCAUGUCCAAGACCUGGGCCAACUGCUGCGCGACCUUCGGCUCGUGCCAUCCCGCCUAGACUUUGGAACGUGGUCCGUUGGUCAGGCGCGCUCCCAGACGGUGACGCUCUUCAAUCAGCACGCCAACCGAACGCUCCAGCUAAAUGCGGUGGCCGGGCCAAGUCCGGCGUUCUACAGCAGCUUCCUGGGCACCAGGGAAGUGCCGCCCCAGGGGAAUACCACUUUCAGCGUGGUAUUUCUGCCGCGGCAACUAGGCGCCAUUGCCGGCGACCUGCUCAUCCACACCUCCUUCGGCCAGGCCGAGUUGGCGGUGCGGGGCGAGGGUAGUGAGUGUCCGUACCGGCUUAAGCCUUUGGUGGGGAUAAAGGCGCCCAUGAAUGCGACGCUAACGCCAGAGAUCCACAUGUAUAAUCCGCACGAGCGACCGCUGCAAAUACUCGAGAUAUACAGUAGUGGCGGCGAGUUUCAGCUGGAGCUACCCAGCGGUGGUUCGGAAGGCCCUCAAAAUCUGUGGGAGAUUCCACCACACACUUUGAAGCCGGUCAUUAGGAUCUCCUUCCACGGCCGCACCGCCGGAAACCACAGCGCCUACAUACGCAUAAAGAUCGCUGAGCAGGAGCUGGAUCUCGGACAGGAGAACGUUUUGGUUAUUCCGGUUGAGUUCGAGAUCCUUCCACGGCACUCACCCUACGCCCGCAAUCCGCUGGCGGACUUUGGCCGUGUGGCCACGUUAAAUGCUCCGGAUGCCCUGCAGUUCAAGCUGGAUGUUCGGAACGAUCAGAGCCGCCUACUCUUCGGCAGCUACCUGCGCCAGAUUCCUGGCCUCUCGUUCGAUGCUAACAACACGAGCAUAGUGUUGGAUACCAGACUGUUCGAGGGAAGCGAAACCAUUAAUGAUCUGCUGGUGAUCAGCAGUAACCAGUCCAGUUCCAGUCUGGAGGCGGAUCAGCCAUUCACGGUGCUGGUGCGGGCAGAAAUUUUCCAUGGAGGGCUUUUCCUCGACGGAAACGUGACAAAGUUUGUAACAACUUCGCCGGAAGGCGGAGAGGGUCCGCCGCUGGAAAAGAAGCGAUCGCUGGUGGUGCGCAACAACUUCGCCAUGCCGCUUAUCCUGUUCAACGUGAGUCUCAGCGAGCCAGUGGACGAAUCCAUUUUAGAAGUAACCCUAGUGGGCGAUCUCAGGAUACUGCUGCAGCCAGGAGAAUCCGUAGAGCUUCUGCGCCUAAAUCUGCUUAAUGACCAGGUGCCGUUUAAGUCCUACCUGAGGAUUGAAACAAACGUCACAGUCUUUAAGCUUCCCCUGGUCUCAUGCAGUGGGCGCCUACACGUGUCCACGCAGCCAUUUGUGCUUAACAUUUCCCAGGAACCUCCGGAGGAGGAGGCAUACAACCUGGAGCUAGAUCUGGGUACUGUGCCAUUCGCCGAGAUGUCGCGCGACGGAUUCGUGAUUCUGCGAAACGAAAAUCCUGUGCCCGUGAAGAUAACCAACUGGUUUUUCAAACACCCAAAGACCGUCUACUCGCAGAGCACCUUCCUAGGCUGUCGGUCUACGGAGAAUGAAGAGCUGCUAAGCGGCGAGAACGAGAGCAAGCGUUGGCAUUUAUGCUCGGAACUUCGCGCCGGUGACAGUGCCGUAUUCAAGGUAGCCAUCCAGACGUAUGAGGCGGAAGCAACGUUUGGAACCCUUAAGGUGUGGACGCCGCACGAAGUUAUUCGCGUGCGGGUCAAGUUCGAGGCCUCGGUGGGCCAGUUGGAGAUUGAGCAGGAGCAGCUCAACUUCAAGAACUGCUUUCCCGGUAAAAUGUGCACCGCAGUGCUAAGUAUCCGCUCCAGCUUCACACAUCCUGUGCACGUGAAAAGCAUAUCCUUUGCCCUUCCGGUGGGACUGCGUUUUAAGGACUUCAAUGCCAAGGGCACUACGAUUGCGCCGCAGACGCUGACUAAAGUGGGACGCAUCUACUUCGAGCCAGCGGCUGUGUGUCGGAAUCAGUGUUACAUCAAGGAGUCUACGAAUGACCUAGCCAUUUUCCCCAGCGUUCCAGGAGGAGGCGAUGGAAGCGGGGGCGUUACCAACAAUAAUCUCCUCUAUGACGGAGUGGAGUUGCGGCAACGCACUGAACUCUUUAGGCAGUUGCGACGCCAAAUGUCAUCCGUGUCUCUGACAUUGCAUAGCGAGGAGCUGCCGCCGUUAGAGCUGGACUUUUCCAUCGCCAUCGAGUGGCCGAAACUGGUGCAGUUCCAGCCAAUCCCGCCCACGCCGGCUAUAGAAGUUGGCCAGGUGCAGCGCCAAUGGAUCACGCUGACGAAUCCCUCUCAGAAUCCGUUGCUGCUCGAUUACUUCCUGUCGGAUCCGGCGUUUGCUCGCCGUACCCAGCUUUCCCUACCGCACGAGGUGAUCGACGUGAGCUCCACGAGUUGCUAUCUGACGGAUAGGGAGGUUUUCUCACUGCCAGAGGCCGGGGAUCCCAUCCUUCUGCCAGGAGGCGGCAGUCUUAACAUCCCUAUUACCUUCAGCGCCCAGUCGCCGGAGAAGUACUGCACCCUUCUGCACGUGAGAAGCAAUCUUACACUUUAUGAGGCCGUGUGGCUGCAGGCCCGAGCCGUUCAAUCGCAGUUCCGUUUUGGAAACCGUCGGCCGGGAUCGGCGUCGCCGUUGCUCUUUGAGAUGGCCACCGACCAGUUUCAGGGCUGUCAGUCCGGCAAUGGAGCAGUGGUGGCCACUCGGAGCUUUACGGCCCGCAACUCAGGCGUAAUCCCCAUGAGGAUCGAAGGCUUUCUCAUUGGCUCGCUGCCAUGUGAGGACUUUGGCUUCAAGGUGAUGGACUGCGAGGGUUUUGAUCUUGCCGAGAACGAAACCAGAAAAGUGGAGAUUGCCUUCAGCGCGGACUUUACUUCCUCGAGGGUCAAACGCUCCCUGACGCUGCUUACGAACCUUACCUACGACAUCAGCUAUCUUCUCCUAGCACAAAUGCCAGCGGAAAGCGUGGAACUGUGCUCCUCUCUUUUGGCGAGACCUGGUUGGGAGUCCUCCCUAAAGAACGCCGCUCUAGCAGUGCUCCUGGCUAGCUUUGGUCUGGUUUUGGUGGCGGCUGUCUUUGACGCAAAAGCCAUCAUGGCACAGCAGAGUGCCUACGAUGCGGCCAGGAACAAGGGACCGCUGCAGCCUACGUUUAAUCUAAGGAAUAUAGUGAAGCUGCAGGCAGAGGAGGCGGCGGCCAAAGCGGAGGCAGUGCAGCAGCAGCAGAAGGCCAGAAAUGUCCAACUUAAGGAACUACGCAAACGGAGUGCCCAAAAUGCCACAACUAAGUCAAAGUCCAAGACCUCCUGGUCACCAUGGAGCAUGGACAUAAAUGCGCUGAGUAAGCACCUGCAAAAACCCAAACCAAAGACAGUGGUAAGCACUCCAGUCACACCUCCCGCAGCUGUUGCUCCAUUACCGGAACCAAAGCCCCUAAAGAAGUCUUCGACGCCAUCGCCACAGGCAGUUCCCGUCUCAGUUCAAGCUCGGCCCCAGAAGAAGGUGAAACCAACUGCUGCAGUCGUUCUUGGGGCAUCUAAGCCGAAACCGGAACCCUCGACACCCGUUGUAGAGCUAUACGAAAAGCCGUUGGUCAAAUCGAGUCCACCUCAACAGGAGAACAUAUCGCCAAAGCCCAAUAAAGCACCUGAGCCGCGAGUCCUCAAGGAGCAGAACGGAUCGGCUAAGAAGCCGAUAGGGAAGACACCAGGAAGGGAACGGGAAAGGGAGCGCCGCAAGGAUCAAAAGUUGACAAAUGGCUCAGGACCUGGAUUGGGAUUAAAAAAGCCGGAGCGGAAGCAGCGCCAGAAACUUAACUUUGGGCAGACUACAAACAGUGCCUCGCCACCAGCUUCUCCAGAAGGACUUAAAUUCAUAAGCUCAGCGUGGGAGAUGAACAGUGGAGCCACGUUUCGGGAUGUGGUGCACACCAAUAAACUUCCACCAGUUGACAACGGCUUUGAUAGGAGUCAGGGGUCGUCUUCGAGUGACCUCGGACCAAUCGGCGACAGCCAAAACUCCACGCCACCGGCUGUGACUUCGCUGUGGAAGCCUCUGUCAGCUACGGCCAGUAACUCCUUGUUUGCCAACGGAGAGGUGGAUUAUUCAACAGCAGAUACUAUCUUUGACCAACGGGAACUGGAAAGGCAGCAGUGGGAGCGCAGCGAGUUGAUCAUGCAGCAUCAGCUACUUCUCCAGCAGGCUCAGAAGUUGGAGAUACAGCAGAGGCAGCAGGAGAAACUCCUGCUGUGUGCGAAUAUGGAGCCUAGCAACUGGGCUAACAACUGGUCGCCACUGGGAUACUCCACCUGGCCGGACGCAACUUCCAAUUUGGGAGUGAUGCGUCCUCCACCAGGCUUAGAGCAGAACGCACGCCAGACGCACAACCUUGCACAAGAAACGGGCUUAGCGGGAGCGGCAUCUGGAAAUGGGACUGGAGCUGCACUCCCCGGCGACGGUCUGCCCACGCAGUACGAUCCCUUCACCUCGCCAAGCUCAAUUUGGUCCGACACAUGGCGCCAGUCCUCGCAACGCAACAACAACAACAACCACAAUCACAUGAACUAAGGGAAUGACGAGGAGCAAGCUCACUGAUCAAACCGAAUCAACCAAAUGAAAUUCUUACCAUAUAGACAACUAGGAUACGCGACGAAGGAGGAACGCAGAAUGAUCUUUUCCAAUUUGACUUUUGACUAAUAAACGCAAUGAUAAAUGACUUUCA